AUGGCUUCCCCAGUGCCACCACAACAGCAAGAAGCUGGACUCAAGAUUGCUGCAGUCGAAGUACCAAGCAACGAGUCGUUGGAGAGAAGAACUCGUGAUGGAAAAUGGACUCUUCGCCAACUUCGUCAAACCGAUGCAAUGGUACCACUUCAAUCGGGAACUAACCAGUUUGACAGUCAAAGAGAGGCCAGACAUGAAGAUUUUCAAAAGUCUAGUUUUUUGAUAUAUGACACCGUACAGUCAGAAAAUAACAAGGGACACCAAACCAUAACUCCCUGUUAUUGUACAAGCGAAAACGCGACCGUUCUUCCAAGCGGCACCCACUCCUCGUUUCAUAAUCGUUUUAGCGGCAGAAGCCGACAAGCCCUGUGUGGGAAAACUGGCUUCGGAAUGCCACGUAACACACAAACCAAAGUUGAUUUUGCUGACCAUGACAAGCAAUGGUUAAUUGAGGAACAGAAACAAUAUUCUGAUGCUAUUGUUCGACUUCAAUCAGGAACAAAUCAGUUUGAAUCUCAGAAGGGAAAGACUGGCUUCGGUAUGCCACGGAAUACGCAGACAAAAGUCGAAUUCGCUGAGCAUGGAGCUCGUUGGCAGGUGGCUGACAAUUCAGCACACGAUUCUAUCGUUCGUCUUCAAUCUGGAACAAAUCAGUAUGAGAGCCAAAAGGGAAUGACUGGAUUUGGAACUCCUCGUGACGUCAAGGGAAAGCAUCUGAAGAGAAUUUGGGAACUCGAAUUCCCAGAAGAAGCCGCCGAUUUCCAGCAACAACCAGUGAAUGCCCAACCACAGAAUUAA